GCCCUACAACAACAACAACAAGCGAUUGAGGAAAGACACAAUGAAUUUCUCGCAAGUUAGCAGUCAGAAUAGCUUUGUAUCAAUGUAUAAUGCACACCGACUUGUUAAAUCACCAUUUACCAGCCUCCGACGUUCGUUUCGGGAAUUCCCGGAACAUCUCCGUCUAUUUCCGACUCGACCGUCAUCGCCACGUCACUUGGUGUAUUCACCGUUACUGACCCCGACAUGACGUGCAGUAUUACGUCACCGGUGACGUAAGUGUAUGAGAUCAGAUCCUUGACGUCACCGGCAGAUCCUCAAAAGCCUGAGUUCCAAGUGUGGAUCAUUGCCGCCGUUAUUCAAGCGUCUAUAGACUUCAAUGACCAGGCGGUUCCGGUGCCGUUGACGACCACGUGUACGGACGGAAACACCGCCAUCACGGGAACGUUCAUCGUCAACAUUGUCGUCGAGCCGCCGGUGAUAUCAGCACUUCCGGCGAGCGGACGGCUAUCAACGACGGUCUUCAGACGACCGCCGCAAUUCUCCACACGUUCAGCGUGACAGACAGCGAUGACGCCGUAACGUGCUCCGUGAGGCCGCCGACUUUUGUCUCCGGCAUGCCCGGAAGUUCCGCGAGCAUCUCUGACGCCACUGUCACACAGACGUUGCUCGGGAAAUUCACAACUUCAGACCCUGAUACAACGAGAAAAGUGACGUCACCGGCGAAUCCUCAACAACCUGCCCCCAGUGAUUACCUUACUACCCUCUAUCGGAAGUUCCAUCAACGAUGGUAUGCAGGCAGCCGCGGCGACUACCCAUACGUUCAGCGGCGACCAUCCAUACGUUUAACGUCACCGACAGCGACGACGUUGUCACGUGCUCCAUACGAGCGCCGGAAUCCACCUUUUUUUGAAGUGGUAGCCGCAACUAGCCCAGCGUUCAAUAUCCGCGUGAAAGCAGGAGUGACGUUGGCUGCAGCUGUCAGUCCGUACGUCAUGCACGUUGAUUGCACAGAUGCCGUAACCGCCGUCAGUUCAACGUUUACCCAGCCAGUCCUUGAUAAGGCGUCGACAUUUGUAUCUGGGAUUAACUGGAAUUCCCCUGACGUCUCAGACGACACCGUGAUUGCGACGUCACUGGGAAAGUUCACAACUACGGACCCUGAUACCACGUGUUCUGUGACGUUACCUGUGACAGCCGUCUAUGAGAUCAAAAAAGCAGCGUCACCGACCGAUCCCCAGAAACCGGGGUUUACAAUUAACGUAAAGGCGGGGGUAACGCUAAGAGCAGCGAACGGUACUUACGUCAUCAAAGUCGACUGCUCAGAUGGCGACAAUGACGUCACUGCGACGUUCACACAACCAGUGAUUGAUACGCCGCCGACGUUUGUAUCCGGUAUCCCCGGAAGUUCCCCUAACGUCUCUGACUCCACUGUCACAGAGACGUUACUCGGGAAGUUUACAACUACCGACCCGGAUACGGCGUGUUCUGUGAGAUCGCCAUCCACCACCGUGUAUGAGAUCAGAAAUGUGACGUCACCAGUGAAUGUUUCUCAACCAGAAUUUGAAGUCAGGAUCUCUAGCACCGUGACUGAAGCUGCCAUCGACUUCAACGACCAGGCCGUGCCGUUGACGUUAACGAUACGGUGUACUGACGGCAACCCCGUCAACGUCAUCACCGGGACUUUCAACGUCAAUAUCGUUAAUGAGCCUUCGGUGUUUGUUAACCUUCCUGCGGUUAUUUUACCGUCAAUGGCCGAGUCAGUGACGUCUAAAACAUUACUAUAUACUCUCACAGUAUCGGACCUAGGCGUUCCACCAUAAAACUUGAGCGAUACUGCACUUGCCGUGGGCAUUCUACCUUUGGAGCAAAGUACUGUGACACCGCCGAAUACCCAGUACCUGGUGUACGCCCACAAUCCAGGCGGAUUCGAUUUCGAAAAAAUUUCCAGAGCCGUGAACGUCGAGAUCACGUGCGGCGACUCCUUGUCCACCGUCAAAAAGACGCUGAUUGUGAACAUAAUCAAUACGGCACCGGUGAUCACUUACCCAGGAGGCUCCAGUGACGUCGCUGAGGACGUUAGCGGAACGUUGACGUUAAAGACGUUGGAUUUCGUAACUUUCGAUAAGUCUGACGCCACCUGUUCAAUGACGAGCGCUGACAGGGGACCAUUCGCCGUCACUGGCAACCAAAUCGUGAAGAUGGCUGGAGCUCUGGACUCUGAGACAAAGGCGACGUAUAAUCUUGACGUCACGUGCACUGACGGCCUUCUUCAAACCACGGAUACUUACGUUGUCAAAGUCCAAAACGUCGGUCCAGAGAUAACGAGUUUGCCGACGGCGUCAACUGUGGACGAGUGGCAGACUGCGGAAAAGCAACUCACGACGUUGACGUUAACGGAGGACGCGGCUGACUGCGUUCAGACGUCACCGACGUAUUACGAGUUUAACGUCAAAUACGAGCCCACCACAUAAGCUAUCUAAACAUAUGGGUGAUCUACUCCGUCAGCGAGGCGGUGGCGGGGCGGUCGCUUAGCUACGACACGAACCCCUCCUAUAACCUGCACAUUCAGUGCAGCGACGCCGCGGGGGUCAAAGGGGCGGAGAAGAUUUUCACCGUCCAUAUUAACGAUAACAAAGCGCCAACGAUCGACAACCUUAGCACGGGCGAAAUUCGCGCCAAGUCCGUGAUUGAUUUCGAAAGGUCAACAAACUCUCGUACGAGGUCGUGAUUUACGCCUACGGCGGCUACGGCAAUUCCACGACCGAGACUUUGACGCUGCUCAUCAGUGACGUCAACGAGAAACCGGAAUUCACAACAACGACUUGGACGAUCACGAAAAACGACGAAGUCGGGCCUGGAGAGCAGAUAAGCUGUCCGGACUUUAAGAACGACAUCUAGGGCGAAGAUGUGGGCGAUGUCCACACGUACAAGAUGUCGUGCCCUCGGGCCGGCGGCGUCUUCGUCAUGGAACCCCUAACGGCUGCGUUACCAUGACCAAGGAAUUGGACCUGGAUGCGGCUAACAAGCGUCUGGGGAAGGAGACUGUUGUGUGCACUUUGACGGCCACCGACCUCCGUGGACUGACGACCACCG